CAGAUCUCCUCCCGCCCGCCGCCGGCCGGCCGGCCGUCGCUGCCCUCCUCGCUCGCUCGCUCGCCCCAGCCUGCCCGCCACCGCCUGCCCGCCCGACCGCGAACCCCCCCUCCCUCCCGCGCGACAAGCGGCGGCUAGGGUUUCGCCUCCCGACCCAGCCAUGUUCCAGCUAGGCUCCGCCCCCGGGAAGGGCUUCUGGGCGCGGCACCGGUGGAAGAUGCUGCUCUCGCUGGGCGUCGCCGGCGCCGGCUACGCGGCCUACCGCUUCUACGACGCGCACCACAAGCAGCUCGUCCGGGUGGAGCAGCGCGCCCAGGAGGAGCGCGCCGCCGACGAGAUCAUCAAGAAUCAGUUGCAAGCCCACUUUGAGAAGGUGCAGAGGAUCGCAGACACGACCACGUUGCCGUUUGCCAUGCACUACCUUCGUUCGCGGGUAAUGGAGGAGCUGGACAUUUCGCACCUGACCGAGAGGCUGCUGCAAGGGAAGGGAGAGCUGACGCCAGAGGAGAAGUACGAGACCUGGGAGAAGAUCAAAAUUCUGAGUUUCACAAGGACGGUGUCUUCAAUGUGGGCCAUGACACUGCUGAGCUUAUAUGUUAGAGUCCAGGUCACCAUAUUAGGCAGACAUCUCUACUUGGACUUUGCUCGUGGUACAGAUGGUGCACAAUUGCAGGCAGAAUCUGAUGCUUUUAGCGCCAAUGGUCAUAAGGACUUUCUUGGAACUGCUGACUACCUUGCAACAUAUGGUAUCACUGCAUUGAUCAGGCAAAUGCAACAUGCUGCAACAGAAAUCCUGAAAGAGAAGCAACUCAAAGACCCUAUGAGCAUGGAGCAAGUUUUACAAACGAUGUUGAAGAUAUCGGAGCAGUUCAUGAGUCUGUGUGAAGGCAACUCAUGGAUAAAUUUCCUUGUACCUGAAAAUGCUAAUCGGUAUGCACAGUUAAUGGCUGUGUCCAGCAGCGGCUUUGAUGACUCAUCUCUUCUGAUGGAUGCUGGAAAGCUUGAUCAGCUAAUGACCGAGACACGCAUAGUGUUGGCAAGAACCUUGUGUUUACAGCGACGAUUUCAGAAAUAUCAUGGACAUGUCGUUGAGAAAGGUAGCUGAUUUGGUGACAGAGGACUUGGGUGCGCAGGUUGGAACCGCGCUUCCUCCGUCAGGACUGCCCUUGGCGAAGCUCUUAGCUAGGGUAGCCCAACUGAGCUCAACGCUGCUCGAGGAACCAAGCAAGAACAAGCACAUCCAGACCAUCCGAAGCAUGCCUGAGGUGGGACUCUUCUACACAUUCCUCUACGCAAACAUGCCGCCACAAACAUGAGUUUCAUCCACGUGGAAAGGAGUAUGUUUCUUCCGAUUUUUUGGCCCGAAACUAAGGAUCUAGUGGUUUAUGUAUGAAAAAUCGACCGUUCUGGAUUCUGGAAAGUGGUACUGAUGGAGAACAUUCGUUCGUGAAAAUAUACGUGUGGAGAGGAGGCUGAGUUUGUGUCCUGUAUAUUGCUGAAGAUGUGUGCUCUUGUUGUGCUUCAGGAAACAAGAGUUCUUUCAAUUUUUACUUGGUUCUUCGUGAAAUACUUGUUCUUUUUUAAUCUAGUUAGAAUUCGACCGGCUGUUUUCGCCAUAUCGUUUACAUAUUUUGGUAGCAUGCGUGAUGGAAUUUGUACCUCAUGAAUGUUCAACUCUACAAAUAGUUUUAUGAAUGAAUGUGUGAUCUGGGUAUACCUAUUCUGUUA